GGACUGGCUUCUGUCCCAGCGGGGUGUGCAGGUACCUGCUGGGGUGUCUGAGUGGGGGGGGAUGGUGCGAGGAUGACUUUGAACGCUGGCCACCCCGAGCACCUUGGCCAUCCUGGGCAUUCCUGCAUUUGUGUUUCCUUGUGCCGUUUCUGGAGAGUGAAUUCCCGGAGGAACUGCUAGGCCUGCCUGCUCCCGAAGGCUGACACGAGGCCCGCCCCUUCUCUCCAGGGCAGCCUAGAGCCCUGGCCAGGGCUAGCAUGGCGCUGCUGCCAGGCCCAGCUACCUUCCUGCAGGCACUACUGCUCCUGCCAGCCCUUCUGAACUCAGGUUGGGGGGAAUUGGCACCCCAAAUCGAUGGCCAGACAUGGGCUGAGCGGGCCCUUCGGGAGAAUGAGCGCCACGCCUUCACUUGCCGGGUGGCAGGGGGUCCUGGCACUCCCCAUUUAUCUUGGUACCUGGACGGGCAGCUGCAGGAGGCCAGCACCUCAAGACUGCUGAGUGUGGGUGGGGAGGCCUUCUCCGGCGGCACCAGCACUUUCACUGUCACUGCUCAGCGAGCCCAGCAUGAGCUCAACUGCUCCCUGCAGGAGCCGGGCAGCAGCCGACCAGCCAACGCCUCAGUCAUCCUCAAUGUACAAUUCAAGCCAGAGAUUGCACAAGUUGGGGCCAAGUACCCGGAUGCUGAGAGCCCGGGCCUCCUAGUUGUCCUGUUUGCCCUGGUACGUGCCAACCCACCUGCCAAUGUCACCUGGAUCGACCAGGAUGGGCCAGUAACCGUCAACACCUCCGACUUCCUGGUGCUGGAUGCCCAGAACUACCCCUGGCUGACCAACCACACCGUGCAGCUGCAGCUCCGCAGCCUGGCACACAACCUCUCAGUGGUGGCCGCCAAUGAUGUGGGUGUCACCAGUGCCUCAUUUCCGGCCCCAGGGCUCCUGGCCACCCGGGUGGAGGUGCCGCUGCUGGGCAUCGUUGUGGCUGGAGGGCUUGCCCUGGGUACCCUGGUGGGGUUCAGCACCCUGGUGGCCUGCCUGGUCUGCAGGAAAGAGAAGACCAAAGGCCCCUCCCGCCGCACAUCUCUCAUCUCCAGUGACUCCAACAACCUAAAACUCAACAAUGUGCGCCUGCCGCGGGAGAACAUGUCGCUGCCGUCCAACCUCCAGCUCAAUGACCUCACUCCGGAGUGCAGAGGGAAACCAGCAGAGCAGCAGCCAGCAGCUCUAAAUAGCAGCCGCCCGGAGCUUCAGGACCCAGAGCCUGGUGGCCUCCUCACCAGCCGAGGUACCAUGCAGGGAGGGCAUCCUACAGCCCCUCUUGGGCUUGAGUGCCAGGGACAGGGAGAACUCCAAGGACCAAAGUCUCUGAAUGCCCUGGGCAUCUCUGACCUGCCCCCUUUGCAGGCUUCAUCCGCCUCCCGAUGCUGAGCUACAUCUAUCGGGUGUCCAGCGUGAGCAGUGAUGAGAUCUGGCUCUGAGCUGAAAGCGGGACAAGCGCCCUCCUGCUCCCAAACCCCUCCUGUGCACCCUCUCAUGCCUCCUCCUCUAAAGCUGCCUCUAUCAUGCCACACCAUGGCCAUGUGGCUACCUCCGCUGUGCCCUCUGUCCCAUUUCCCUGGGAUCUGGCGCCCAGGGGCACAGGUAACCAGGGAUCCCCUCAGGUGACUCAGGUUGGGGAGCACAGAUGGUUGAGCCCAGGCACAGGGAGCUCUUUGGCCAGAUGGAUUUCCCUGUCAUCCAGCAUGCAAGCAGGUGUGGCCUGUGAGACACCAGGCACUGGUCCUGCUCUGCACCUUGUGCAGCAAGCAUGAGACUGUGUGUCGGGGGGGAGGCCCCGCAUGUCCAUGCAAUGUAGAUGCAACUUGGUUCCCUCAGGACAAUGUAGGACCCCCGCUAACUGUCCAUUCCCAACCUGUGCUUUGCGUAGGACCCUGCCCUUGGCCUUGGAGGCUUGGCCAAGCACACACUAGUUCUUUUACUACACACCUUUGUGUCCCCUUGCCCUGCCCCCUUGCGGGCAUUCUAGGAUAUGCACUAGACCUUCUCCACUGGGCCCUAGACUGCCCUGAGGCCUGGCCCCUGGGGUUAGCACAAGUCAGGGUGAGACAGAAGGUAGAAAAAUCAAGUGGUACUCAGGACCGCAUGUAGCUAUGCAUCGUUUUCUUACAAGAUUAGCACUUUAAGCACAGCACCUCCGGAAGGGGGUGAGUGAGGGUCCCAGGGCAACUCCCCACCCCCUGACACCCCUCAGGCCUGACCUCCCAGUGAUUCACUGUGAGCAACAGGCUCAGGACUGCAUGCCUUCCCCUGGGUGGGACCUUGCCCUGGCUGCCCCAUCAGUAGGAAGCCGCUCUUCCUGCCCCACCCUCUGCUCCUUAGGGGCUGGUCCCAGAAGGCAGAGAACUCAACAGUAGCUUUAGGGGGAUGCGGAGAGAGUGGGAGGUGGCAAACAUCACCCCCAACAACAACCUAAGAAUAUUUUAAGAAGCAACAAGGCACUGAAGGGAAAGCAAUAUAGUACAGAGUGUAUUUUUCCCUUGCUGAGGUCUUAUUUUGUAAUUUUCCUCAAGUUACUGUCUAGGACAGUACAAAGCACACAGUAAAUUCAAUAAACGUGACUGAA